AUGCUGCUGGCGGACGGAAGAGACAUGCUGCUGGCGGACGGAAGAGACAUGCUGCUGGCGGAUGGAAGAGACAUGCUGCUGGCGGACGGAAGAGACAUGCUGCUGGCGGACGGAAGAGACAUGCUGCUGGCGGAUGGAAGAGACAUGCUGCUGGCGGACGGAAGAGACAUGCUGCUGGCGGACGGAAGAGACAUGCUGCUGGCGGAUGGAAGAGACAUGCUGCUGGCGGAUGGAAGAGACAUGCUGCUGGCGGACGGAAGAGACAUGCUGCUGGCGGACGGAAGAGACAUGCUGCUGGCGGACGGAAGAGACAUGCUGCUGGCGGACGGAAGAGACAUGCUGCUGGCGGAUGGAAGAGACAUGCUGCUGGCGGACGGAAGAGACAUGCUGCUGGCGGAUGGAAGAGACAUGCUGCUGGCGGAUGGAAGAGACAUGCUGCUGGCGGAUGGAAGAGACAUGCUGCUGGCGGAUGGAAGAGACAUGCUGCUGGCGGGUGCAAGAGACAUGCUGCUGGCGGACGGAAGAGACAUGCUGCUGGCGGAUGCAAGAGACAUGCUGCUGGCAGAUGGAAGAGACAUGCUGCUGGCGGAUGGAAGAGACAUGCUGCUGGCGGAUGGAAGAGACAUGCUGCUGGCGGAUGGAAGAGACAUGCUGCUGGCGGAUGGAAGAGACAUGCUGCUGGCGGAUGGAAGAGACAUGCUGCUGGCGGAUGGAAGAGACAUGCUGCUGGCGGAUGGAAGAGACAUGCUGCUGGCGGAUGGAAGAGACAUGCUGCUGGCGGAUGGAAGAGACAUGCUGCUGGCGGACGGAAGAGACAUGCUGCUGGCGGAUGGAAGAGACAUGCUGCUGGCGGACGGAAGAGACAUGCUGCUGGCGGAUGGAAGAGACAUGCUGCUGGCGGAUGGAAGAGACAUGCUGCUGGCGGACGGAAGAGACAUGCUGCUGGCGGAUGGAAGAGACAUGCUGCUGGCGGAUGGAAGAGACAUGCUGCUGGCGGAUGGAAGAGACAUGCUGCUGGCGGAUGGAAGAGACAUGCUGCUGGCGGAUGCAAGAGACAUGCUGCUGGCGGAUGGAAGAGACAUGCUGCUGGCGGACGGAAGAGACAUGCUGCUGGCGGAUGGAAGAGACAUGCUGCUGGCGGAUGGAAGAGACAUGCUGCUGGCGGACGGAAGAGACAGGCGCGGUGGAGGCGGUGCUGCUGGCGGAUGA